CACGCGCAAGACGAGAGGGACGUUGGACUUGAAUUAUCCGAACAACAUCCAGCAUAUUCAAGGAGGCACAUCCCGAGAAUUUGUUCAAUGAUGUUGUGGAUUGGAUUUGUGGUUAUCUUUUCUGUGCGUAUUUCUGGUGCGUAAAGUUCCGUGCGUAAACGUUCACGCUCGAGAACUGUCACGGCGAAUUGAUGAGGAUUUCAAUAUAAAUGAAGAUACUUUUUGGCCAAUUUUUUUAAAAACACGAUUUUACUACAGAUGUCCUGUGAACAGCAGCGCUCAUGUCGGACUUUCAUUUUGGACUUCGCAUUUUCACUCAUUUGAAUGAAAUGGAACAGGGGAUCUUCACCUGCAAGGGACUGAGGGCUUUUGGAUCUAUUAUUUCCCACCAAACACGUAGCGCUUAAAGCUGAAAGGAUUCCGAAGCAGGGAGAAGUUCAUUUUUGAGACCUUCCAGCAGCGAAUCAGCGGAGUAUUCAUGAAUCAAUAUUUGAAUUACUACAAGAUGAGGUUGAGAGCAUCGAGGUUAGGUUAUCUGUUACUCCAGUUCACAGCGCUUUGCUUUUACGCACAGAACACAGUGCAGUCUCCUCCUAAUUUCAAGCACCAUGUCACCGAGCAGAGUCGGCUGUCGGACCGGAUGAGCCGCCGGUUGACUCGAACCUACCAACUGUACAGUCGGACCAGCGGGAAACACGUCCAGGUGCUAUCCAACAAGAGGAUCAACGCAAACGGAGACGACGGAGCGGCGCACGCUAAACUUGAGGUGGAGACCGAUUCUUUCGGGAGCCGAGUGCGGAUCAGAGGGGUGAAGAGUGGAUACUACAUAUGCAUGAAUAAACGCGGGAAGCUGAUUGGAAAGAAAAAGGGAAGAGGCAAAGAUUGCAUUUUUACCGAAAUAGUUCUGGAAAAUAACUACACAGCACUCCAGAACGCCAAAUACGAGGGCUGGUACAUGGCUUUCACACGCAAGGGUCGUCCAAGGAAGGCCUCAAAGACCAAGCAGCACCAGAGAGAGGCCCACUUCAUGAAGCGGCUACCUAGGGGGCACUUGCUGAGUGAGAGAAGACCAUUUGAUGUUCUGCCGCUCUCUGUUCUUCCUUUAAGCAAGCGGACUAAACAUUCACAUCAGCAGCGCUCAGUGGGCCGCUGAGAGGCGACAAUGUGGACAAACCAUCACGGACA